AUGGCUGAAUAUAUCAAAGGAGACAAUCUGGAUUUGUUCAUGCGUAUAUCAGACAUUGUGAAAGAGCCCAUUCAAACGUUGAUCGCGAUUGAUGAUCUCCAAGAUGUUCCACUUGUGCCACUUGAAAUCGCUGUCGAAUCUUUGACACUAUUUUUACCGAAAAUUGCAAGUUACGCUUCUACAGCCAAGGAACGAUGCGAAAAUCCUCGUUCUGAUGGAAUGAGUGUCGAUGAGUCAGCUGCUAUUAUGUUAUACACUAUGGGAUGGAAGCCAACUGAAAAAUGUCUUUACGUUGUAUUGAAUGCCACUCUAAGAUCGGAAGACAGAAGCAAACGUAAACAUUGGCUUUUCUAUCUCAAACUUUUUCUCACUGCCGUAUCCAAAAUUCCGUCUCAACAUAGACAUGUUUUUCGUGGAAUUAAAGAGGAUCUACAUGAAUACUAUCCUAGUGGGAAGACAAUCGUAUGGGAAAGCUUUUCAUCUUGCACUGUUUCCAUUGAUAUCUUACAAUCGAACCCAUUACUAGGCACCUCAGGAAAAAGAACUAUUUUUGAUAUUGAAUGCAAUUCUAGCAAAGAUAUUAGUCAAUAUUCUUAUUGUCCAAAAGACAAGGAAGUAAUAAUUAUGGCUGCAACACAAUUUAUUGUAACCGGCUGUCUCAAUCAAGGCAACGAUCUCGUCACAAUUCAACUCAAAGAAACGAAGCCUUCUCAUCAUCUUCCACAACCAGUUACACACUUUUCUGAAUCGAAAAAGACAUAUCGAAAUAAAAACGAUGAUCAACGUAUCCGAUCAGUUCAAUAUCGUCUGAAAUAUUCGGCUACUGGGGAACACGAUCUAGGUCAUUCAAAUGAAUUAGAAUCUACAGAAUUAUGUCGUGAUGGUGGUCGUUGCGAAAAUAUGGAUCCCGAUCAUCUAAAAGCUUAUCGACAUGUACCUUUAUGUAGAUAUCGUCUUGAAUGUGUCGAUUUUAUUCGUGGAUCAGCUGAACAUUGCAGAGAUUAUCGUCAUUGCAAACCAACAUGUCGUUUUGGCCAUUUUUGUGUGAAAUUUCAUGAUGAAAAGCAUUUUAGCGAGGAAAACCAUCCAUUUCAAUCACCAUGCCCAUUUACACCAUUCCAUUGUCGACAAUAUAAUAGUUUAUGUGAAACGAAUAAUACCAGAACCUUGCCUAUCGAUGUUCAAAAACAUUGCCUUCAAUAUUCACAUGUGUGCCGCUACGGCCGUCAAUGCUAUGAAACAUCGGAUAUACAUUGGAAAACUACAAUUCACGUUAUCCGUAACAUCUGUUCAUGGGGUGAUAAAUGCACAAAAAUUGAUCAAGAGGAUCAUUUAACUUCAUUUUCUCAUCCAGGCAUUGUUGAUAUUCGACGAUUAUGUCCUUAUCAAGCCAAUGCAUGUCGAGAUAAACAAAAACCUGAACACAUAAAACAAUAUCGACAUAAUGGAAAGCAUGAUAGUAGCGGUGUUAUUAGCUGCUUCGGACAAAACAAUAAAACUAAUUUCGUGAAAAAUCAGGAAAGAACUAUUCAAGCGAUAAAUAAAUAUGCGAAAACUUUAAAUCCCAACAAUAUAUUAUCGAUUCCGAUGGAAAUUCAAAAAUGGAUUAAAGGCUUACAACCAGUUCAUCGAUGCUCAAAAGUCAUUUUUGAAUCGAUCCUUGUUCAUGGUCAUGUCAUGUCGCGUAGCCAUAUGGAAAACUUGAAAAGCCCACUUUUUGUAGCGCAAGCUGUACAAGAACACAAACGUAUUCGUGGAAUCUUCGAUCGUUAUAAAACACCCGCCAUAGAAGAUCAUGUUAAAGAAUAUAUUCGAGCAAUUGUAUCUUUAGAAUACAGUAAAAAACACAGCGGAAUUACAGUAACUGACGCAACUCCUAGUAAAACGCCCAUGCCGGUUGGCUCCGAUGAUUAUUAUGAUACAAUACUUAAAAAGGAAAGAAUUUUUCCAAGUUUAAUAAAGCCAGACGAAGUUAUUAUAAUUAAAAACUGUGCCAUUGGUAUAGCUGAAGCUUCGUGGAAUCUUCAUAAUUCCCCUAGUGGUAUCGGAUAUUCAAAUGAUAAAGCGUUAGGUACUGACAAACAUGUUUUUAGUGUUCUUGGACCACAUCUGGGACAUUACUAUGGAGAUAUAUGUCUUGUGUUUAAAAGUGAUGUAAUGUUUCAUCCAGAUACUAAUUUUUCUCCUCAAGCGGCAACGUCAUUUAUGAGUGGAAGGACAUUUUUGUAUCGACCAUGGAUCAAAGAUCCGGGCACUAGUGCCGAAAAGAUAAGGUGUUUUCAUGAAUCGAAACUACAUUGUGCUAUAUCGGGAUAUGAAUAUGCAGUGGCAGCAGAAUUAAUAGCUGUCUCCGGAUUAGAGAAGAAGACAUUGGCGGUGGAUUUGAAAACUAUUAUAAAUCGUUGGACAGAAGUUGAUGCUCAUCAAGUAUUGGAGGCCCAUUUACCUCAAUUGGUUCCGCUUGAUUAUAUCGAAGAAGUAUAUAUACCAAGAAAUCUUUUCGCAUCUCUUACUUCAACAGCUCAAGAAUCAGCUCAAAAAGUAUUUCGUGAUGCGCUUCAUAUUACAAAUCAUGACAUUAAUCUUACUGAUGCUGGUGGCACAGGCCCACAUCCACUAGCUAAGAAUCGUUCUGACUAUCAAGAUUUUGUCACCAAUACGUUGAUAAAAAAAUUUGAGAAACGAAAAGAGUACGAAAAGCAUUUUCGUGGCUUUAGUCUUACUCUAGCGCCAAGCCAAUGUAUGGAUCACACUGCUUUACCAUUAACAAUAAGUGAUGCUUAUGAUCAAUAUUGUCGAAUUCAUAAACGAAGUUCGCAUGAUGAUAAGAAUAUAUAUAUUUAUUGGGAAGCGAUGUAUGGCGAUAUGAUGCUUACUCUUUCCGAUGAACCGAUCAAUCCUCAUGUAAGUCAACCGCAUAUUCGAUGCCUAGUUUGCUAUAUUGCUGAGAGACCAGCAACAACAACAUUGAAUUAUAAUGAAUCAUAUUCAUAUUUAAAUGCUGGUGAACCAUUUCGGCAUGGUGUUAUCAAAACAGAUGGUCGAUGUUCAAGUAGUUCGCAGUCAUUUCAUCGUGGUUGUAAUGUUGAUGAUUUUCUUACAUAUUGUCUUAGAAUCGACAAGAACACAGGUCAAAUAACACUUUCACAUGCUGGACCCAAUAGUAUUUAUUGUUAUGAAACAAUCACAUGUAAAUUUUUUAAGGCAUCUCUCGAUUUAAACAAAUUACAAUAUAUUCAUGUUAGUGCUGGUUCACAAAAAGUGCCCGUUCGAAAUUUAAUUAUUAGUUUUGAACUGAUGUCCGAUUUGCAUCCAUCAUUUGAUACGAAUUUUAAACGAGGCGAUGACGCUUUUCCUCGUAGUAAAAAAUCCUAUGAUGUUGACCGAGCUACAUCUAUUAAAACUCCACCUAGUGAUUCUUUAGUUGAUGGUGUCACUGAUAAAAAACUUGCCCCAUGCCAGUAUUCAAUUAAUUGUCGAUUACAAGAAUCAGCAAAACAUAUAAAAGAAUAUUCUCAUCCUUGUCCAUACUCCGAAAUUUGUCGGUAUAAAAACAACGAACCUCAUCUAACUCAUGAACCUCGUCGAGUAGAACAAUGCCCGUGGAUAAGUUCGUGUCAAAAACUUGAUGAUCCUGUUCAUCGUGCGAAAUAUCGACAUCCUGGCUAUCCCGAUUUUAUUAUGCCAUGCUGUGAUGGAAUCAAUUGUCGUAAUAAAACAUCCGAUCAUCGAACAAAAUAUUCACAUGGCGAACUAAUUGAUAUAAACGAAUUUCUGUCGUCCCGAAAGUUACCACUAAAAUACUAUUCUAAACAUGACGAAGUAGAAGACACUGAUAUAAAAACAAGCCGCCCCCGAACACCUUGCCGAUAUGGAUCUGGUUGUUCCGAUCAGUCUGAUAGCGGUCAUUCUUCGACAUAUUCACAUCCUUCAGACAUUGCGUCUAAACGUUUGACUAGUGCAAGUCUUAAGCGAGUAGCUUGCCGUUAUGGACAUGAUUGUCCGAAUCAAAAUGAUUAUGAUCACUGUUCGCAGUAUUCACAUCCUUGUGGCGAAUGA